AUGAAAGAUAUUCAGCCGAUUCUAUGCAGCGUCAACGUUUUCAAGUAUAAAACGAGACCAUUCUAUGAACGCUUGAGGAAAAGAGUUGCGUGUAAAGGGAAAGGAACCUACUAUGCGAUGAACACCGCGAAAUUAAGCGACAGCGACAAACUCGAUCUUAGCCGGAAAUACUUUUUUAUUGGACUCGCCUUUCUUCCGUUUGUUUGGCUCACAAAUGUCGUUUGCUUUUUUCGAGAUGCCUAUUGCAAACCACCAUCAGAUGCUCGUAAGAAGAUUCGAACCUAUGUCACAUUGUCAGCGAUUGGAUGUAUAGUGUGGCUCAUUAUAAUCGCAGCGUGGGAAACGUUUUAUCAGUGGUUCCGAAGUCAAGGCCUUCUCUGGACGGACCAACUCGCAUUUACGUUUCCAUUGGAUUUUGUCGACUACAAGAAGCGAUCGAUGACUGAGACGAUUUCUUUGGUAAACCUGCAAACGCAAAUCGAACAGGAAGACUGCAACGAUAGUGGCUACUCGGGAUCAUCACUCGCUUCAUUUUCGCAAUUUGAGGGCGAUAUCGAUUUUCGUCUAGCAAAUGAUCGAGCGGUAUUACGCGAUCGUGUCGAUUUGGACCAUUCGAGGAAGACAAUUGUCUUGGAGCGCCAAUCGAUGCAAGAGGAUUUUGGAUUUCGAUUGAAGGAAAUUCGAUCAAAGACAUUUGAAGCGUCGACCCCCGAUGGUCAUGGAUUAGUGCAAGUCGUUCACGCUAUCUUUGCCGACUCACCUGCAGCUCGAGCAGGCCUCCGAAUGGGUGAUGUCAUCGUUGGCGUUAAUGGACGAGAAGUUUUGGGCUACUCAACGUCAGAAAUCUUUCAACUCUUUACUGGACUCUCGCUACGACUCGUGCUUGUGUAUCAGGAUUUGAAACGCAUCCGCGAGCAGGAAACAAAGCGCACAAAUCUUCAGCUUAAAUUGGCGAUGAAAGAACGAGAGUUGCUCGAACUUGAACACGAGGAGAGUGUUCUUUUGGCCGGAAAUGCAGAUCUUUGUACACAGCUGGCUGCUUCUUUCAAGAUGCCGAUUGCUUCAUAUUCAUUACCGUCAUCAGGGGAAUCUCAACGAUCAUUUUGGAAGCUUUCAACGCACUCAAAGCCAUUCCACUUUGACACCUUCAAGUUCAACAGGGAUUGCUUUAAGAAGUUCAGUGCACGGUUGGAUUCUGGUGUGAAGAAAGCAAAGAACCCAAGCAUGGAGGAUGAUAAAGAGGAUGAAAUUGAGAAGUUACAAAUGGCCUUCACACAUGUGAUCAAGUUGAAUCCGGAUGAGGACACAGACGAAACAGCGACAAAAAGGCUCCACUCGCACGCGGAUCAAAUUGCUAGCAAAAUGGAGGACCUAUUCAAUGAUUCACAAAAAGUCGAGAACGCAAGACUUUUCUGCACAUCUUCCUUCCACAUGCAGUCGACUAGAUUGACGUAUUUGAUCAGAAGUCAUCCGACAGCUCUAUGCGCAAUACGAUGUACAUCACAGGGACCGUUGCCCAAUCCACCAAAGGAAGGAUCACUGUCUUACAAAUACGAACGAUACAUCAGCAGAUGGCCGAAGUUUUUGGCACUACACAGAAUGGUAGUGGAUGGCUCUCGUUGGUGCUUUUCUGAUGUGAAGACGUACAUUCGAGUUCGGAGGGAUAUCUCAUCGAAGCGACGGACGUUGGAACAACUUUCGGUCGAAGAGCUUGAAGUUUUAGUUCAGAGUGGAAGGGACAUCCUUAAAAUGAGCUUUCUGCUCACGAUUUUGCAAAUACCUGGGCCUGGCGAUAUCCUCAUUCUGCUCUUGCUGGCCGAGAGAUCCGACAUCUUUGUCUACUCGCUGCUUUUCGAGAGUGAAGGACCCAAACUGGGUGUGGUUGUUACCCUGCUUCCCCUCCCGUUUACCGUUUACGUUAUUGGAGCCGCCGUGAUAUUUUUCCCACGCUUAAUACUGACGCGCCACUUUUGGACCGAUGCACAACGGAUUGAGUUCUUCGCAAAAGAGGUUCAAGCAUCACAGGACAAAGCGGCAUCAUUGAAAGGAGAUUUGAAGACGAGCUCCGUCGAGAAGUUGGCGCUACCGGGUAUCACGGAUUUGGAUACAGAUAAAACGACAUCACUUGCCCGUUUGCAUGGCCUCAUCCCUCUUCCAUUGCCAGGAUUAACAAGACGUCUCAUUUCUCGAUCGAAGGCUCUUCAUCGAUUGGAUCGAGUGCUUUCGCUAAAUGAGUUAACGGAUCGGCAAUUGGUUUUUCAUUGCUACAUUCGUCGAAUCAAUUUCACGGGUUUUUCGACGGAACAGAUGCGAGCAGCUCUACAAACCUGGAUUUUGCUAACUAGUGGUCUUUCCGAAUCGUCGUAUCUCGCUGCCCCACUUCUCUUCAAUAUGGCUAAA